CAAGGCGAUCAUGUCGAGUAUAGGCCAGUCGGUGGGGCCGAAGAUACUGUAUCCCAUAGCACCGGUGUCGUCGAGGCUGUAGAGGGGACGGGCGAUCAAACGAGGUAUGUCAUCAAGAACGACAACACCGGGAAAAGUACCAGCUACCAG